AUGAGCGCCUUCCAGCAAGCGCAAGCGCCCGCCCGCGCCAUCGACCCCGAUUCGGACGUCGAGGAGGAGGCCCUCGUCAACGACUACAAGGAGCAGGUCCAGUAUGAGGAGGAUGAUGCCGAGUCCACCCAGCUCUCCCUCGCCGCCCAGACCGACGACAUCCAGUCGCGCCUCGCCGCUGCCGCCCAGCCCCUCGACUACUCUGCCGGUCUUGAGGUCAAGUUCUCGAGCUACGAUUCCUACUGCAGCUUGUUCCACUUCAUUUUGAACUCCGAGGGCCCCGUCGACCUCGAGCCCCCCUCUUACUACUGGGCUUGGGAUGUCAUCGAUGAGUUCAUCUACCAGUUCAACUCGUUCUCUUCGUACAGAGCUCGUAUCGCCCGCCAAGGUAACAAUGAGGAGGAGAUCACCAUGCUCCGCGAGAACCCCAACACCUGGGGCUGCUACAGCGUCCUCAACGUCCUCUACUCCCUGAUCCAGAAGUCGCAGAUCACCGAGCAGUUGGCCGCCAUGAAGCGCAACGAGGAUCCCGCGGCCGUCGCCGGCGAGUAUGGUUCCAAGAACCUCUACAAGAUGCUUGGAUACUUCUCCAUCAUCGGUCUGCUCCGCGUCCACACCCUUCUCGGUGACUUCAGCCUCGCCCUCAAGACCCUCGACGACAUCGAGCUCAACAAGAAGGCCAUGUUCGCCCGCGUCAUGGCUGCCCAUUUCACCACCUACUACUAUGUCGGUUUCUCCUACAUGAUGAUGCGCCGCUAUGCCGAUGCCAUCCGCAUGUUCAGCCACAUCCUGGUCUACGUUUCUCGCACCAAGAACUUCCAGAAGAACGCCCAGUACGACUCCAUCACCAAGAAGAACGACCAGAUGUACGCCCUCAUCGCCAUCUGCGUUGCCUUCCAGCCCACCCGUCUGGAUGACACCAUCCACACCGCCCUCCGCGAGAAGUACGGCGACCAGCUCCUCAAGCUCCAGCGCGGUGGCCCCGAGGCCCUCCCCAUCUACGAGGAGCUCUUCCGCACCGCCUGCCCCAAGUUCAUCUCCCCCGUCCCCCCCAACUUCGACGAGCCCGAGGCCAACAUCGACCCCAUCGAGCACCACCUUUCCGUCUUCAUGGACGAGGUCAAGACCAACAUGUUCAACCCCACCAUCAAGUCUUACCUCCGCCUCUACACCACCAUGGACCUCAAGAAGCUCGCCGGUUUCCUCGAGGUCAAGCCUGAGGAGCUCCGUGGCUGGCUCAUGGUCAACAAACAGCGCACCAAGCAGCUGCGCUGGACCGACGGUGGCCUUCUGGAGGGUGAGCUUGUUAACGUCAGCGAUCUCGACUAUGCUCUCCAGGGUGACCUCAUUCACAUCUCCGAGGCCAAGGUCGGCCGUAAGUUGGUUGACUGGUACCUCCGCAACCUUUCGCGCACCUAUGCUUGA